CUCUCAUAUUUAUUACACUUAUUUUACUAUUAUUUUAUAUAUAUACUUUUAAUGUCAAUGAUUUAAUAUAUUUGGCAUUCACAUAAUCAUUCACAUGAUUUUAACGGACACACACACACGAAAUCUCGAGCGCCUUAAUGGCAUGUUUGGCAUCGUUGACAAAGGAUGUGAAGUCCCCAAAAAAGGGUAGAAAUACCAGCACUACCUCCAACUCCAAACCUUGAAAAGUUCAGCCAACUUCUUACAACUCAAUUCCAACACAGAUACAGCCACCUUGUCAUUGCCAUCCCCCCAGUAUGACUGCACGGCCGAAGAAAUUGCUCGUUGCUACUGCUACAUUUCUAGAGAACAUUCUUGUUGUUUGCACUACAUCUCUUGAGAAAAAGGCAGUUCCCAUCCCAUCACCAGCAAAACACAUUUUUUUAUCCUCCCAGUCAGCAAAACAUUUCCAAAGCAUUAUUAUGGAAUUCGGAUUCGGCAUCGCGGGUUCCUCCGGCAACGGAAUGAGUUCCGAAGUUCCGGUCGAAACCAUCUCGGUCGCCAUGGUUGUGCCUUCCUCACCGCUGCCCUUCGAGUCUAGUGUGGGGGCUGCCACCAUAACCUCCUUCUCGAUGCCGAGCUUGAUCUUCGGGUCGGCCCCUCGACCCAUUCCCAGGCUCGAAACCACGGGUGAUUACCCCGUCGGUAAUUCGAACUCAUUUCUCGGACCGACUAUGGCUUCAGCCUCGACGGUCAACUUUGGACCGAACGCGGGUUUUCCCAUACCGGUAAAUCCAUUCGUUGGACCUCAUUGGGCGACGAACGGGCCUUUCCUCCACAUGCCCAAUUCAGUUGGGCCGAUUUCGGUGCCCGCUAGUUCGGUUCAAAGGCCACCGAAGUUCAAUUGCACGAACUUCAAAAUGUGGCAACAAAAGAUGGCAUUCUUCAUGACCGUCCUGGGAUUUGCUGAGUACCUGCAUCAGGAUCGUCCCCAGCCCAACGAAUCCAACGACCCCCUCGUGGCGAUGGUGAACCAAGCGUGGUACCACAACAACUAUCUCGCCAUCAACAUUAUUCCUGAGUGGUUGGGAGAUACGCUGUACCCCGUCUAUGCCGGUGCUAAGCUUGCAAAAGAGCAUUGGAAUAGCUUGAACAAGAAGUAUCAAGCUGAAGAUGCCGGCACGAAGAAGUUCAUUGUCGGGAAGAUGUUGGACUACAAGAUGGUCGACAGCAAAUCUGUUGUCGCCCAAGCUAAAGAGCUUACGGUCAUCUGCAAUAAAUGCAAUGAAGAGAAAGUAGGCAUCAGUGAGGAAUUCCAAGUGGCAGCCAUCAUCCACAAACUUCCUCGGUCAUGGGAAGAUUUCCAAGCCGACCUCAAGCUCAAAAGAACGGAGCUAAACUUAGAGCAAUUGCUCAUGCGGUUGAGGAUCCGAGAGGAAGGGCUUGCCAGAAGAGGCGGAGGGGCAAAGGCGAAUGUGGUAGAACAUCUGUCGGGCUCUUCACAUGGCGGGAAGGAUAAAAAGAAAAUAGGUCCUAAAGGUGGGGUUUCUAAAUUUGCAGGAAAGUGCUACAAUUGUGGCAUUACCGGGCAUCGUUCCUCCAAUUGUAGGAAAAAGAAGCCACAGAAGAACAAGAAGAAACCAACCGAAGCUAUGUGCGCAAAGCUCCACAACCUGGAUCUCUGCGCAGUCGUCACCGAGAUUCAAGAGGCAGAUUCAAGAGGGAGGAAGAAGAUCUACCAGUCCUGCCCAACUCAAAGGCUAUGAUCCUUGUCUCUAUCUUUUUACCUCUUAGCUUUCUUUCAUCGUCUUCUUUUCUCUUUUCUUCUUAUUCUGCUCAGCUUUUUCAUUCCCUUUUUUUCUUCAUUUUUCUGCUCCUUUUGAUGAGAACUCCCCUCCACCACCAAACUCUCUGGAACCAACUCCUCCUCUCUUUCUUUGAUCUGUGCAACCUGUGCUU